AUGGGGGCCCAUGAGAUCACAGAGCUCGAUGCUCUGGUCGUUGGUGCUGGCUUUGCUGGCAUCUACCAGUUGUACUCGCUUCGCAAGCUAGGAUAUAAGGUGCGGGCGAUAGAUAAAGCCGCAGGCGUCGGAGGGACCUGGUACUGGAAUCGCUAUCCGGGUGCAAUGAGCGACAGCGAGUCUUAUGUCUACCGAUUCACCUGGGACAGGGAGGAUCUCAGGACAUACGAAUGGAAGAAUCGUUACCUCCAAGGCCCGGAAAUCCGUCAAUACCUCGAGCAUGUGGUGGACAGACACGACUUGCAGAAAUAUAUCCAACUUGACACCGAAUUGAAAGCUGCAGACUGGGAUGCCGAGCGUGGGAAGUGGGUAGUGACCACCUCGAAAGGGGUCUAUGUCGUCCAAUAUCUGAUCACAGCCCUAGGACUGCUGUCGACUGCAAAACUGCCAGACAUUCCCGGGCUCAAUGACUUCAAGGGAGACAUCUGUCACAGCUCGCGAUGGCCCGACAACUUCGACCUCAGUGGCAGACACGUCGGCGUUAUCGGCAAUGGAUCGACCGGAGUGCAGAUCAUAACUGCAAUUGCUGAUAAGGUCGGGUCCCUGGUCAGCUUCCAAAGGUCUCCUCAGUACAGUGUACCUAGUGGCGACGGCCCAGUAACACCCGAGUACCGCCAAGCGAUAAAUGAGAAGUACGAUGAGAUCGUAGACAGCCUGCCAAAGACAGCAACCUGUUUCGGAUUUUCCGAGUCGACCACACCAUAUGCCUCCUUCGCUCCAGAGAAACGUCAAGAAGUGUUUGAGAGCCUUUGGCAACAUGGCAACGGGUUCUGGUUCACGUUCGGCGCGUUUUCUGAUAUUACGGCCAAUAAGGAAGCCAACGACGCAGCCUGUCAAUUUGUGAAGUCAAAGAUUGCUCAGAUCGUGAAAGACCCAGAAAAGGCAAAGAAGCUGAUGCCACAGGAGCCAUAUGCGCGUCGACCCUUGUGCGACGGCGGGUACUACAACAAAUUCAAUCGCGACAAUGUCGACAUUGUGAAUCUGCGCGACACUCCGAUUGAGCGCGUCAGUGAGACUGGUGUGACGACUUCGGAUGGCAAAUUCUAUAAGAUAGACACUUUGAUCUUGGCCACCGGAUUCGACGCGGUUGAAGGUUCCUAUAACAGAACACAAAUUCGCGGAAGGUCUGGGACGUCAUUAGCAGAACACUGGAAAAAAGGACCAACGAGCUAUCUUGGUUGCUUCGUGCCUGGCUUCCCAAACCUCCUACUGAUCAGCGGUCCGCAAGGACCUUUUGCCAAUGCCCCGCCGAAUAUUGAGACACAAGUCAGGCUCAAUAACGAACUCAUACAGCGAGCCGAGAGCCUGAGAGUGACUGGAGCGAAUGCUGUCAUUGAGGCAAUGCCCGAAGCUGAAGCAGACUGGGGUGAGCAUUGCAACGAAAUUGCUCAAGGCACGCUAUUCCCAUCCAUCCCAUCUUGGAUCUUCGCCAAUGUCCCGGGAUCGGGACUUGUGACCCGAUUCUAUAUGAACGGCGUUGCCAACUUCAUCGCCAUAUUGCAGCGCAUAGCAGCAGCAGGCUACGACGGCUUCGCUGCGCCCUUAGGAAAUGGGCGCAAGGAGCUGUAUCUCAGCUCUUCGAAAACCACGAGUCAGGAAAAGAGUGGGAUGAAAGCAAGUACCAUUGAGGUCGGCGUGAUAUGA